GGCUCUCACACCCUCCAGAUGAUGCGUGGCUGUGAAGUGGGGCCGGACGGGCUCUUCCUCGGCGGGUACAUGCAGUUAGCUUACGACGGUGCGGAUUACGUCGCCCUUGACGAGGACUUGAGCUCCUGGGUCGCGACGGACACUGUGGCCCAGAGGACACAGCGCAAGUGGGUGGAGGCAGGCGUAGCAGAGCAGGACAGAGCCUACCUGGAGGAGGAGUGCGUGAAGUGGCUCGGCAGAUACCUGGAGAACGGGAAGGAGAGCCUGCAGCGCGCAGAUCCCCCAAAGACACACGUGACUCACCACCCCAUCUCCAAAGAAGGGGUCACCCUGAGGUGCUGGGCCCUGGGCUUCUACCCUGAGGAGAUCACCCUGAGCUGGCAGAGGGAUGGGCAGGACCUGACCCAGGACAUGCAGCUGGUGGAGACCAGGCCCGAUGGGAGUGGAACCUUCCAGAAGUGGGUGGCUGUGGUGGUGCCUCCUGGAGAGGAGCAGAAGUACACGUGCCGUGUGCAGCAUGAGGGACUGCCUGAGCCCCGCACCCUGAGAUGGGGUAAGAAAGACAUUUAUGUCUGAUAUCUAGGACAUCCCCAAACUCUCAGGUGCUCCCAGGUGGGGUUUGUGGGAGGUGCUCGAUGUAUGACACUAGGUCAAGGGAAUGAGAGUGGAUCAUUCCACUAAUGGAGUCUACAUCACUCUGGAUGUGGCCCAGUACAUUAAGGAAUACAUCAGGCACAGCCUGGGUGUAAGUGGGUUUCCACCAGCAAGCUUACAGCCCAGAUAUGGUUAAGAACUCAGGCUUUGGGCUGGGGAGAUGGCUCAGUAUAAUAAGUGCUUCCCUGGCAAGCAUAAGGGUCUGAGUUCAAUCUCCGGUU